AUUAAUAUAUUUCAUAAUGUUUAAUUUAAAUCAUGAAGGUGUUAAUGAUAACGGGAGUUUUAAUGAUUUUUAAAGGAGGUUUAUAACCCCCUCUAUUUCAAAGGAGUUUUAAUGAUUCUUCAAGAAUGUCCUAAUUUUUUACGUUUCUNUCUCAUUGUUCUGAAUCCCGAAACUCAUCUCCUUCUCAAAAUCACACUUGAACCCUAAAAUCCCUUUCAUUCCUUUCUCGCUUUCUUCCUCGCAGACUACACCCUUAUUUCUUUCUCGUUUUCUUCCUGAACCCUAAACUCAUCGUCUCUUCCUCGCACUGACUAGCCUUCAGAAUCGUAGUCGCGGAACCAUUGGUAGACGGAGCUACAGCGAUGGUUGCGUGGUCUUCCUUUUGUUACUGUUCUGUCAGUCUCAGUUGGUUGUGGACGUGACUCUGACUCCGGUUGAGGAUCUUGCGGUUUUGGUGCUUGUUGCUGGUUAUUUUGGAGAAUUUGUUGUCUCUGUUGCUGUAGAACUUUUUCAGGUUAAGAAGGAGAAGUUACCUUUCUGAAUUGUGACUCUUUAUUAGCUUGUUNUNUCAUUUGGAAAGCCAUGCCAAAGGUCAAGCGAUUCCGAAAUCUACAAAAAUCAUCACCUCAAANUGAAUCUUUAGGUACUUUACCAUCAACAAAUGCUGCAGUGACUACUCCAUUGAUUGAAGAACAAUCACCAUCAACAAAUCCUACAAUGUCUGAAUCAAUUGAAGUACAACCAACAAAUGAGACCUCAUCACAUGAUUCGUGGAACUCAGCACAAUCGAUGCCCACAGAAAACACAGAGCAACCUACAACAUCCAAAAAACAUGUUGGGCGUGAAUCUUCAUCAUAUUGGAAUGUCGAUGCAAUAGACCUGCAAGGAGUUAUGAAGAAAAUAAAGGUGAAGGUCAGAGAAGUAAGUAACUUACCUCAUGGACAACGCAUCAUUGUAGACUUUGAUGAGGUAGGCAUGGCUAUAGGCGAAGGGCAAGGAGUACUUGCGGGUUAUUGUGGGAUAUUGGCAACGGANGAUAAUUUAUUUCCAAUCAAUUUUGAAAGGUGGUCUGGAAAAACAGGCAUCCCUAACACCUACUUUUUAGAAUGCUUUAAGGAAAUAUUACAGCUUCGAUUUUGUUUUAAGACUACUGAAGCUAUUGCCCAAAGAUAUUGCAAAUUAACUUUGGGUAAGAAGUGGGUUGCACAUAGACAACGUUUAUGGAAUGAGUUCUAUGAUCCAACAAAAACAAAAGAUCAAAUCAUAUGUAAUGUGUCGACCGGUAUAGACAGAACUCAAUGGGCUCACUUUGUUACCUAUCGUCUAAAACCGGAGAAAAUGGUACAAGUUUCAUUAUUAUUUUCAUUGCUUUUGUGUAUAUUAUUAUUUUGAUUGUUAUGUCAACUUACAAUUGUU